GAUCUGGGGCUGUACCCAACCCGGCCAGACGCGCAGCGCUAGCGAGCGCAGUUACAGCGGUUCCUGCGCCCCAAGUCUCGGCAGCCCCAGAUCUCCGCGCCCCAAGUCUCGGCAGCCCCAGCCCUCCGUGGCCCCCGAGGACUCCGGGACUCGGGCAGCUGCAGCUCUACGCGCCCCGAGGGUCCAGCAGCCCGGAGUCUGCGCACGCACCAUGUUGCCGAAGUGUCACCAUUUCCUGUCCUUGGGAACCAGCUGGCCGGUUUGGAAGAAGCAGCAUCUUGUUUGCGUCUCAGGAGGGUUCUUUUCCAGUCCUGGUCUGCUCUUGCUGCUCUUCAGCAGCCUGCGCGCUGAGAGUGAAGUCAAGGAAAUCCACGCGAUGGUGGGCAGCGAUGUGGAGCUCAGCUGUGUUUAUCCCCACAGAAGCAAUUUCAGUUUGAAUGAUCUGUAUGUCUAUUGGCAAAUCGAGAAUCACCACCCCAAAACUGUGGUGACUUACUACCUGCCUAAUGGGUCUACAGGGAUGUAUGCAGACAACCACUACAAGAACCGGGCCCAUCUGUCACUGGACCGCAUGAAGCAGGGUGACUUCUCUCUGUACCUGCAGAACGUCACCCCCCAGGACACCCAGGAGUUCACGUGCCAAGUGUUUAGGGAGUCUACAGAGUUAGGAAAUACCUUAAAAAAGAUGGUCAGGCUGCAUGUGGCAGCGAACUUCAGCACACCCAUCAUCAGCACUUCCAGCAACCCCACCGAAGGCCAGGGACUCACCUUCACCUGCAUGUCCACGAAUGGCUACCCAAAGCCCAACCUGUACUGGAUUAACAGGACGGACAACAGCCUGAUAGACGAGGCUCUGCAGAAUAACACUGUCUACUUGAAUGAGCGGGGCCUAUAUGAUGUGGUCAGCACCUUGAGGAUCCCAUGGCUGGCCCAUGUGAAUGUUAGCUGCUGUGUAGAGAAUGUGGUUCUCCACCAGAACCUCACCAGCAUCAGCCAGGCAGAAAAUUCCACUGGAAACAAUGACAGGAGCACAGAGAAUCCACCGGAAAACGACAACCGGAAGAACUACGCAGUCCUUUUCAGCAUCCUCGCUGUAGUACUGGUGGCACUGGUUUUCGCCUGGGUUUACAGAAGCAGGUGUCUCCACAGACACUAUGAAGGUCCCCGGACUGUAGAGCAGGAACUCACAGACCACGCCUGACAGGACUCUGCCCAGGAUGCAGACUGGGCUUCUGUGAGAUGCCACCCGGUGCAUGUUGGAUACAGCUUCAGAACCGACUUCCACAGGCCUGGUGGCCGAGGGGGACAGUGAGCUGUCUGCUUAUGUGCUGUGGUGGAAGACAGGAGUCCCCAGCCUUGAGAGGCACAGAGGGUUAAUACCAGAAACCUCGAGGGAGACCUUUCCAGUGGGUCGUAGCAACAUCAGAAUAUGGAGCCUCCAGUGAACAGCCCCUGCCCAGCCAUUGGCACAGAGAGGAGGCGCUUGUGGGGAGGUCCUUCCCCAGCAGGGGCUGUAGAGCGAGCACGUGACUCAGUCCCAGGUUCUUUGAAAAAGGGCAUUUGAGCCACUCUGAAAGCACCUACAAAAUCCACUGGAGACUGUUUCCCUACAGGACUUUCAGAAGGGGAGAAAGCCUGACCUUAUUUAUUCUGGUCUCAGCCUACUUGGGCCUGCUAGAGGAUACGUAGGGUUUUGUCUACAUUAUCGCUGUUGGCGAUAAUGGCUGGACUCAGAGGUUUGCAGUCCUUGGCUUUGCAACAUCAAAGGGACGUGCCUCAAGGUCCAUGUGCCACCCAUGGGCGCUUCUCACUCAUCAUUGGAGGUCCUCGAGUCUGAUCAUGCUGUGGAUAUGGAAGCUUCCUGCAAACCUCUAGGUCUUUCAGACUGAACACAAAGAACAGUUGCACUUACCCGGCCUCAGCAGCCUAUGAGGACCUAGGAAGACUCCUGCCAUUCUUGGAACCACCAGACCCGCUCGGUGGCCACAGCCUCCAGGGUCUCUCUGUUGUUGGCCAGACUAGAGCUAGCCAUCUGGGUUCUAGAUGGUUCUGCAAAGUUGGCUGCUUGGUAACCUGGGUGUGCACAAGCUCCAGGGAGAUGGAGUAGGGGCAUGGGACUCCCCAGUGCGACGCAGCAUCUGACCCUACUUGUGGGCAAGCGCCUUCCCUGCUUCCUACCCAGAGGCCUGAAAGUCCUGGACAGUAAGGGCCUGCUUGUUAUAUGGCCACUGCUCAGUGCUGACAGAUGUGGGAGCUGCCAGGCCCAGAUGGAGCAGGACUGAGGAGUGAGGACCCUGUCAGGCUCAAGGGGAUCAGUAUUGUGAGGAUCUGUCUACUUUUCUGCUCAGACUCUUCACACGGAUGUAUUUAUUUAAUGAGUGUAAAGACGCACUCCAUCCUGCAAAGCAUUACGUAUCUGUAAAAUAGCAAUUUUCAUUACUUUCGUUUCAUUAAUUUCAUUGAGUUGGCAGCUAUAGCAAGGAAGCACAAGGAGCCACUGGGGUGCAAGAAGCUGGGGUGCAGUGCCCCAGGAGAGGAGUUUAGGAAUUAGUGCUUCCCCAAGUUCCAGGACGCAGCUAUGCCCCAGGGGUCUCAGGUGGGUCUGUGGCAGCCCAGCAGGGAGAUCCAGUCUACUUUCACUUUUCUGUCAGGAGGGAGUUUGGGGUCAGAAAGAGGUCAACCCUGCAGCCCAGCUCCCUUGGGGCACCAAAACCACUGUUCCCACUGCUUAUGUAGGCAGUGGAACCCUCAUCAACUGUGCCCUGUGGGCUCUGCCUAGACCCUGGGCUGCUUGCUCUACAGUCAUUAACGCCUGCUGAUCCCAGCAGGCCCCACCUUCCCAUGGACCCCUGGGAGUACUUCCCCCACCCUACCCCUGCACAUCAGCAUUUUUGAGACCUGCCCUGUAACCUCUGCCUCCUUCAGCCCAGAAUCUUGCUGUCACUCUUUAUCUGGGUUGUAGACUGGGCUGGAUUUCAAUGUUCUCAUCGCGAUUCUCAGAACUCUGACAAAGGGAAUAAAUACAAGAUGUGCUUUUC